GAAAGAGAGAGAGAGAAGGAUCCGGCCGAGGAAUCCUCCUCCUCUUUUACCUUAAAAUCCCUCUACUCCAUCAAUUUCUUGUUCCUUUCCUUUUUACGUAUUCAAUUCCUCUUUGCCCUUCUCCCCCAUUUUCCAUUACACACCAAUUCCGGGGGCAACUGGGCAUUGAGGAAUUGAAUUCACGACAUAGAUUCAUCAGAUUGGUGUUUCAGUUCGAGGGUUUCAAGUUUAGUUUCAUUUAAAAUCAUAUAGCUUUUGUUGGUUGAGUCAAGGUUGUCUGAUUGUUGUGAUCGAAUUGUUGGAGGGAGGCUUUGCUGAUUAAUUGAUUUGAGUUUGGUGGGGUUGGUUUGGUUGGCUGUAUAUGUUUGGAUGUAUCUAGUUAUCACCGAAGAGGAAGAUCGGCACUCGUUUCUGGGUGUUCUCAAGCCAUUUGACCUGAAACUUAACCUCAAUCCUUUUCUUUUUUCUUCUUCUUGGAGAGUUAGAUGGGAUAAGGAGUUCAAAUUUCAGGGAGGAUAAUACGUAGAACCAAUCUGUCGAAUUUUCAAGGGCAUUUGGGCUGUUUGUUUGUUGUGGCAAAGUUCGAGUCUUUUUGAGAUGGGAUCAUCUGCGCAAAGAUCAUCAACCUUGACCACGAAUAUGGCGGAUUUGGUUGAUGCUUCAGCGAAUCGGCCUCAAGUCUCCUUGAUUGAUAGCAUGCCUGUCUAUGCUAGGGAGCUCAUUGCGGGUGGGGCAGCUGGUGGAUUUGCCAAGACUGCUAUUGCCCCACUUGAAAGGACCAAGAUACUCUUGCAGACAAGAGCAGAGUUUCGUUCUCUAAGUGUAGGUCAAUCUUUGAACAAGGUACUAAAGAAUGAAGGUUUUCUAGGAUUCUACAAAGGAAAUGGAGCUAGCGUAGUUCGAAUUGUUCCAUAUGCAGCCUUACAUUACAUGGCAUAUGAGCGGUAUAGGUGUUGGAUUUUGAAUAAUUAUUCUGCUUUAGGAUCAGGACCUCUUAUUGAUCUUUUAGCUGGUUCAGCAGCUGGUGGAACGGCAGUUUUAUGCACUUACCCUUUGGACCUGGCUCGCACGAAACUUGCUUAUCAGGUUAAUACCAGAGGAAAAAUUAAUUGUGGUAUGAAAGGUGUUCAAACUCAAAUCUCUUAUAAGGGCAUAGGAGAUGUGCUGUCUACUGUCUACAAGGAGGGAGGUCUGCGUGGACUCUAUCGUGGUGUAGGCCCCACGCUCACCGGAAUCCUCCCUUACGCUGGUUUAAAGUUCUACAUAUAUGAGAAACUUAAAAGCCAUGUUCCUGAGGAGUAUGAAAAGUCUAUUGGGAUGCGUCUUUCCUGCGGAGCUUUGGCUGGCUUGGUCGGGCAAACCUUCACAUACCCAUUGGAUGUUGUUAGAAGGCAAAUGCAGGUUGAGAAUCUGCAGCCUUCAGGUGGUGUAAGGUACAAAAACACAAUGCAUGGGCUUAAAUAUAUUAUCCGCAAUCAAGGAUGGCAAAAGUUGUUUGCAGGCCUGAGCAUUAACUAUAUUAAGAUUGUCCCUUCUGUUGCAAUUGGUUUCACAGCAUAUGAUGCGAUGAAAGUUUGGCUCCACAUUACGCCCCAACAGAAGUCCCAACGAAUAACUGCUGCAUAAUCAUAGACUCAGAAUCUGUAACAUAUAAACUUCAAAUAUGGCAUCAAGCCAUCAAUUGAGCUAAUCAAAUGUUCCGUCUCUCAAUUACAAGAGAUUAUUGAUUUUACGC